CAAGCUGUUCCACCGACCAUCACCGCAGCGAUGCAUCUCAAGAGUUGCAUCGACAAUGCUUGCCCCGCUAUUUGUCCUUGAUGGUGCUGACGCAACAAUAGCGCGGAUCACCCCUUCUCCGCAAAUGCCCUCCCAUAUGUGGGCUAAGUGGUCAGCACAUCAAGAAAGAAGUGAAGAAAUAAAGCCAAUGAAAUAGUCAAGAACUUCACUUUGAUUUGAUCACCCAUACGAAGAGUUCGAGUUCUGUCACCGUGAUGGAGUCUAGCCCGACUAGAACCGAGCCCGCUCAACCACGGGUGCCACCUUCAGCCAUCAACGCGGACUAUGACCUGUCAACGCCUAUCGACCUGGACGGUGUCGGGCUGCGGCAGAAGCUGCCAUCGUACGGCGAUGCGCACUUCUCGCUCUUCAUGCGCAAGCUGUUCAUCAAGGCCCUGGGCUACAGCGAAGACGCGCUUUCCCGGCCGAUCGUGGGAAUCGUCAACACCUACUCGAGCUUCAACCCCUGCCAUGGCAACAUUCCGCAGCUCCUCGACGCGGUCAAAAGGGGCGUCCAGCUGAGCGGCGGCCUUGCCAUCGACUUCCCCACGAUCAGUCUGCACGAGUCCUUUACUGCGCCCACGAGCAUGUAUCUCCGCAAUCUGAUGAGCAUGGACACCGAGGAGAUGAUUCGAGCACAGCCGGUCGACGCGGUUGUCCUGAUAGGAGGCUGCGAUAAGACAACACCGGCUCAGCUGAUGGGCGGCAUUUCCGCCAAUAAGCCCAUCAUCCAUCUCGUUACGGGCCCCAUGAUGCCCGGCAGUUUCCAAGGCGUGAGGGUUGGCGCUUGCACGGACUGCAGGAGCAACUGGGCCAAGUUCCGGGCCGGCGCCAUGGAUAUUGAAGACAUCUCGGCCCUCAACGAGGAACUAGCCCCCACCGCGGGGACCUGCGGCGUGAUGGGCACCGCCAGUACCAUGGCGUGCCUCCUUGUCGCGCUCGGUAUGAUGCCCAUCCACGGCGCCACCGCCCCGGCCGUAUCGUCGGCCCGCCUGCGCAUCGCCGAAGCCACGGGGACGCACGCGGUGCAGCUCGCCCGGCAGAAGCAGCGGCUGCAGCCCCAAGCCAUCCUCACGCGCGAGUCCUUCCUCAACGCCAUCACCGUGCUCCAAGCCGUCGGCGGGUCCACCAACGCGCUCGUCCACCUGAUGGCCAUCGUCAACCGCCACCCGGCCCUGGCCGGCACCAUCACCCCAGCCACCAUCGACGCCAUCGGCCGCACCACCCCGCUCCUGCUGGACCUGAAGCCCUCGGGCGACGGCUACAUGACCGACUUCCACGCCGCGGGCGGCAUGCCCGCGCUGCUGCACCAUCUGCGCCCUCUGCUCCACCUCGACGCACGCACCGUGACAGGCCGCACCCUAGGCGAGGAACUCGCCUCCGCCACCGCCUCCACCCUCCAGUCCUUGUACGUAGACAGCCCCUCAUCAUCAACAAAGCGCAUCAUCCGCCCCUUAACCGACCCGGUCUACCCCUCGUCCGCACUCGUCGUCUUCACGAGGGGCAACCUCUCCCCCGGCGGCGCAGCCGUGCUCAAAGCGUCCGCCUCCAAGGACAGACGACUCCUCCACCACAGGGGGAAGGCAGUGGUCUUCGACGGCCCGGCUGACCUAGCGCACCGGAUCGACGACCCGGCCCUGGACGUGGACAGGGACAGUGUCCUCGUCUUGAGGGGUAUCGGACCGGUGGGACGCAAUGAAGAAGAAGAAAAAGGAGGAGGAGGAGGCCCUAGUGGUAUGCCCGAGGCCGGGCUCAUCCCCAUUCCGCGGAAGCUGGCUGCGCAGGGGGUGACGGAUAUGCUGAGGAUCUCGGACGGGCGGAUGAGUGGUACGGCGGGGGGCACUGUUGUGCUGCAUGUCUCGCCUGAGGGGGCUGAUCCGGGUUCGGUGUUGGGGGUGAGGUUGUUGAGCGUGGAGCUGGAGGAGGAGGUGAUAAAGGCCAGGAUGGAGGAGCGGAGGCGGGAGAUGGAACUGAAGGAGGAGGGGAAGGAGGAGGGUUGGGCUGCGAGGGAGAGGAUGAGAGGGUAUAGGGGGUUGUAUGUGAGGGAGGUCAACCAGGCGGAGCAUGGGGUGGAUUUCACGUUCUUGACUGCUGCUGGGCCAGGGGCGAAUGGAAAGGACAAAGGGGCCGAGCAAGCAGGUGGAGACGUUCCUCCCGGCUACAGUUUCCCUAAAUUAAGGUGGAUCAUCCAACAUAGUCCCAUGGUCAUCAUCCUGCAAAGCCCCAUGGUACUGUGCAUCACGGAUCCCGAAGGCCAUCUCUUCUAAUUGCUAUUUGGCGAACUACAACGCCGACAGUUCCUUACCCGAUCAAUAUCAACCUCUUUUCUCCACCCCACUUCCUGCGAUUUCUUUCUUGAUCCUCUCCUAUCUGUUAGUCAAGGCGAACAUCUCCUUGACUGCCUGCUUAAAAGACAGCUAGCAAUAAAAAUUGGAAGGCCAUACUGUAGUUCCCGCUCGCCGCGAUCUGAGCCGAGCGCCUAGGUAGAAAAGUGGUGAGAAAGGUGAGCCUUGUAUACCCACAUAAGAUGUCGAGGGCAUAGAAAUUCAGGGACGGAUCAAGCUAUUGCCACUCGAGCAUGAUGCAUACAUUAAUCACGAGGUCGAAAACUUGGUCGGAUUGUUGGAGGAUGACAACGCAGAGAUCACCACUGUUGGAGGUCUCGUGGUCCUGUGUGCAUUACAAUCUGAAGACAAACCCAGGACUAGAUUCGAGGUUCUUGGGGUCCUG